UCUGCAGCUCAAUAUUUUCAAUUCUACAGUUAUCUAUCUCAACAACAAAAUAUGAUGCAGGAUUACAUUCGUACAUCGACAUAUCAGAGAGCUAUAUUGGCAAACUCAAUAGUUGAUUUUCGAGAUAAAGUAGUCCUUGACGUUGGUGCGGGUUCCGGCAUUCUUUCUUUUUUUGCUGUUCAAGCAGGUGCUCGUCGUGUUUAUGCUGUUGAAGCCUCAUCCAUGGCCAGGCAUUGCAGCGUUCUUGUGCAAGCUAAUAAAAUGGCCGGUCGGAUAGUUGUGAUUAAUGGGAAAAUAGAAGAAAUAGAACUACCAGAACCUGUAGAUGUAAUUAUUUCUGAGCCAAUGGGCUAUAUGCUUUACAACGAACGUAUGCUCGAAUCUUACGUUCACGCACGGAAAUUUUUUGCCCCUCGCCAUCUUCGAGCCGGAAUUCAGCAAUCCAAGCAUUACGAGGCACCUGCAUUUGAUGAAACUGAGGAGUUUUAUGAAGAAAAUGAUAAAGAAGAUGUAGACGAGCUAGAGGCCGAUGACGCAGAUGCUGUUUCCAAUUCUGUCGAAGAAGAAUGCCAAGAUUGUACCGAAAAAUCUAUUGUAGGUAUGAGUAACCACCCCAAGAUCUCUCUUGAGUCCUAUCCGGCUGAACCAAAUAAACAGGAAACUGAUACUUUACGCAAUAGGAUGUCAUUACAAACUGAGGCAGGUGAUGAAAUGCUACUUGAAGAUCGAGAUUCUGAAACACCAUACAAAUCUUCCCCAACUGCUGAAAGAAUGUCCAUGGAGCGUGCUGAACCUGACGAGAUGUCUCCUUUGCCUGGCGAUGAUACAAACGGCAAUUGUGAUAAUGAGUCCAAUGUAAAAGAGCACGAAAAUGUUAGCAACAACAAUAACUGCCAGGGAGUCGAAAUCACUGGGAUACUUCCAGAUAAACGAGCCAAAAUCAAAACUCGACCUUGCUCAGAGCAAAUCUCUUUUAAUAUGGAUUCUCAUCUUACAGUUCGGUCUGAUGAAGUACGGGCAGCUGAACGUAAGAUAGAUGAAAGUGAGGAACCCAUUAAACCUAUUCAAUCUAGCGAAGCACCACACAAGCUGUUGAGUGGAUCAAGGCGAAAUCGACAUAGUAAACGAAAGCAUCGCCAAAAUAAAUUCUUCGAGGCUUUGCAGAAACCCGGUUUGAUGUUCCCCACCGUAGCGCACCUUUACGUCGCUCCAUUCAGUGAUGAAGCUUUGUUCGCCGAGCAGCAGACUAAGGCUAAUUUUUGGUAUCAACAGUGCUUUCACGGAAUGGAUUUAUCUUCGCUCCGUCAGGCUGCGCUUAAUGAAUACUUUAUGCAACCAGUCGUGGAUACCUUCGAUAUUGGCAUCUGCCCUGCGAUGCCUUGUGUACACAAAGUCGACUUUCGUACGGUGCACGAACAGGAUUUGGCUGUGAUUGACAUUCCGCUUCGUUUUCAAAUUAAAACUUGUUCUACGGUAAGUCUUAGUGCGCUUAAUAUUGAUUUAUUUCGGUUACAUGAUAAUUUCAACAUCGUAAAAUAUGUCUUUAAUUUAUUUCUCUAUGGUUCUAUGGUAUUGUUGUUUUUAUAA